AUGCAUACCCAAACCGGCAUAUUCAUACCACCGGACUCUACCACGUCCAAAACACAGAGAGAAUUGGUGCUGUCUCUUAAAGCCGCCUCAAUCAGUACCUAUGCAUGGGGACGCUCGACGAAGCGCAGUUCAUGGCUGCGAGCCAUAGCGUCCACGGCAAUGGUGUGUCUGGCGCCGGUACUGAUUAUCGUCUGGUACAUCGCCCUCACGUCUUUCCAAGGGUCGCUAUUCGCCCUUGUUCGUGCCGUUAGCACGGAUGGUCUUAUGCCUAUUCUGAAACAUUAUUCUCCUCAAUUCGAUUCUGGAGUAACUGCAGUAUACAUUGGCUGGCUCUUCCUGCAAGCUAUCUUAUACCUGUACUUGCCGGGCAAGAUAAACACGGGUCAACGCACUCCCGCGGGUCAUCUCCUGUCAUAUAGAACAAACGGCCUUGCAGCUUGGACGGUUACCCACGUAGCCUACCUCGGUCUGUGGUCUCUCGGCAUCUUGGAUCCCGCAUUUAUACCUAAGAACUGGGGGAGUUUAAUUGUCGCAAUGAACAUUGCUGGAUAUAUACUUUCAGCCUUUAGUUUUAUAAAGGCCCAUAUCCAGCCGACUCAUGCAGAUGAUCGCAAGUUUAGUGGAUCCUCGGUGUAUGACUUUUACAUGGGAAUCGAAAUGAACCCUAGAAUCGGACAAAACUUUGACUUUAAACUCUUUGUCAAUGGAAGACCGGGAAUUGUCGCGUGGACCUUGAUAGACAUCUCCAAUAUAGCGUAUCAGUAUCAGGUUCAUAGCACCAUAUCGCCUGCGCUGGUGCUGGUCAGCAUUCUGCACGGAAUAUACGUGCUCGAUUUCUUCAUCCAUGAGGCGUGGUAUCUGCGGACAAUAGACAUUUCCCACGACCAUUUCGGCUUCUACCUCGCCUGGGGCUCCCUUGCCUGGCUUCCAACAAUGUACACUAUUCAGUCACAGUACCUCGGCCUCUAUCCCACGACGCCUUCAUGGGCCUAUCUCGCCGCCGUCUUUGGCCUGGGCAUCGCCGGAUACGCGCUAUUCCGAUCUGCCAACAACCAGAAGGAUCGAGUUCGUCGAUCGAAGGGCUCCUGUCUCGUAUGGGGCAAACCAGCAGCUUAUAUCAAAGCACAAUAUCUCACCACGGACGGCGCUCAGCACGAAAGCAUCUUGGUCUGCGGCGGUUGGUGGGGAAGGUCGCGACACGCAAACUAUGUCGGGGACUUGAUGCUGAGUACAGCCAUGUGCGCCCUUGCCGGCACAACUACUCUCAUGGUCUGGUUCUAUGCCAUCUUCAUGCUGAUACUCCUCGUCCAUCGAUGUCUCCGCGAUGAAGAGCGAUGCCGGGCCAAAUACGGCCAAACUUGGGACGAUUAUUGUAAAAAGGUUCCUUGGCGAUUGGUUCCUGGCAUCUGGUAA